AUGGUCAAGACUAAUAAAACUGGGUCCAAGGUAGCAGUUUCAGCACCAAAAGGGUCUGAGGAUACUAACACAAUUCCUCAGCGGGGACCAGGGUACAUUCUUGCCUCGAGCUCACGAAGUGCUGCAGCCCCCAUAAGCCCUUUGCCACAUCGAAGAUCAGAAGCUGGGCAUCUCACCACUCUCUAUUCAACAUCAGACUAUGCUCGAUCUAGCUCCCCCCAGUCAGGGCCUGGCCUUGCUGGAACACCCGUCCCUCCAGGAAAUGAUACUCGAUCAAAAUCAGAAACAUACCGCCAUCACUCUCUCCAUCGAAAGAGCCAGCAGAGUCAGACAGCUUCCCAGGCUGUCCAGAUGCAGCGGAACGUUAGUCCAUCCAGAGAGGAAUCAACACGAAGAGGUGGUGAGAGCAAGCCAGGGCGUGACAUGAGUAAUCGCUACUCACUAAUCCCAGAUGCCAAAUCCUCUCACCGGUUGAGUUUUGUAGACCAGAAGGAUAACGUACAGAUCUUACAAGAAGAAGACCCACCCUCCAAGGUCCAGUACCCACAAGGGGUCAGAGUUCCCCGUAGGACUUUAGUUUGCCCAAAGGAUGAAGCAGUCCAAACUGAGCCCAUCCGAAAGGGUUUGACUGCUUCUGAUAUCAGAUCUUCAAGGAGACCCUCUAGCCCAGAACACAGCAGUGGCCGUGUCAAUGCAGACUCUCGGACAGCCCAGAGAAGGAUCCCCGGCCAAGAGUUUGAAAUGAAUCGUCUCAGCUCAAUCUUUACAGAACCCAAGGCUUUGCAUAGGAAUAUGAACAUGGAGUCAUCCCUCAGACUCUCUGUCCUUAAGGAUUUGGAUGGUGGACACCGAGUUCCUAUACGUCCAGAUCCUGAGUCUAUCCGCAAACAUUCUGUCUACGCUGACAUCAAGCCCUCCCCAAAGGUCUUAAUAUCAUCAGAAGUGGAGUCCAAUCUGAGGUCCUCAACCAGAGGAAACAGCGAGGUUGGCCGUAGGGUCACCAUCUCCCCAGAGGGACAGUUACUACAUUCAGCAUCCCGGGUGACAUCUCAAGUAGUGUCUGAGAGCCCCCCAAAACCAGUGUUUGUCACUCCAGAGCACAGCUAUAAGCAGCACACCCAAAGGCCUUCAGAAAGCCUCUGCAUGUCCCCAGGACCCACCCGAAAGCACUCUGUCCACGCAGAACUGGAACUGACCCCUCGGCCUUUACCCCCUCGGUCCUUACCUAGGUAUGGGCCUGAUUCCUCAUGGUGGACCUUACUCAAUCCUGAAGUUGAAACACCCCAAAGCCGGCCGACAACACCUGAUUCUGCGUCUAAGUCCCCUCCUCCCCCAGAUCCUUCAUUGUCCUUUUUUGAAAUGGACUCAAGUCCUUCCUGUGAGGAAAUGAUGUUCCAGAGAGAGAAGGCAAGUCCCUCACCACCACCACCACCACUAGCAUUACCAAAGGAGUCUCCAAACCAGGCAUCAUUGAGCGAAGUGCCACAGGCCCUCAAGUGCUCCUCCAAACAACCCAUUCAAAGGUUUAGUGCUUUCUUCUUGGAUGUCUCUGAGGAAAUGUACAAUCGUGUCAUCUGGUGGCUAAAAGGUCUGUGCUUUUCCCUCCUAUGGAUCCAUUGUAGGGGUCUGGGAGGCAGGAGGACAGGUGGGAGGGUGCCUCUAUGUAUCUAUAGAGCUAGGGCUAUCAAGACCGUACGUACUGGGGGUUUGACUUAA